UCGUCUCCAAAAAUCACAUCAAGAUCAGAUUACUAACAAAGAAAUGCUAAUGCGCCAAUCGGCACUUUUUGCCUUUCUCUUUCAAAGUUGAUCGACCCCCACACAUCAAUUCACUUUAUCUAACGUCGUGGGCUGAGUAAGAGUGAGCCGUUUUUCCUCCGCUGCUAAACCCCAUCGACCACAGGUCCACUGCAACUCCUUCACCUUCCUUUGACACUACCGAUUUUACCUCGAAAUAUUUUCCUAUUUUCGCACUUUGUCGUAAAUUUAUAACAUGGACUGGUCCACGUUGGCACUGAGUUUCGUCCUGUUUCUAUGUGUAUCAGGGGAAACAGAGUAUUUAGGAAAAUCAAACAACACUCUCAGACUUGUGCACAUGUUGUAUCGUCAUGGUGAUAGGACUCCAGUGCGACCAUAUCCCUUGGACCCCUACCUCAACCUAACUCAUUGGCCUGUAUCGUGGGUCCAGCUGACCAAAGAAGGCAAAGAGAGGCAUUUUAAACUGGGACAGUUGAACUGGGAACGCUAUGGAGAUUUCCUCUCAGAAACUUACAACCCUGAUGAAAUUUACGUCAGAUCCACUGAUGUCGACAGGACCUUGAUGAGUGCAGAGUGUCAUCUGGCAGGACUCUUCCAGCCCAAUGACAAUCAGACUUGGCAUCCAGAUCUAGCCUGGCAGCCCAUUCCAGUCCACACUAUUGCAAAAGAGCAGGAUCUGCUGCUGGUAUUGGAAUCGGAGUGCCCUCGUUAUGACGAGCUCCUCGCCCAGUUCAACUCUUCACCAGACGUUCGCAAACGCAUGGACAGCAACAAGGAAAUGCUGGAUUAUUUGGCUGCCAAGAGUGGCUUGAAUAUGACAGAGAUUGAUGACAUUGAAUACCUUUACGACACGCUCUUUAUCGAAGAUCGUUUCAACAAGACGCUGCCCGAAUGGACUAGAAAGUACUUUCCCAGUCCAAUGAAGGAAUUUUCCGACUUUAGUUUCGAGAUGAAAGCUUAUCACACGGCCAUUUUCCACGUCAUUUUCCUGUUGAGUUGGUUGAACAUCUGGGCGCUUACGCCCAGUCGAAAACUGACCCCACCCAAUAGGAAGCUGUUCAUGUAUUCGGCUCAUGACGUCACUGUGGCCACUUUUCUUUCUGCCGUCAACAUCUUUAACGGCAUCCAGCCACCGUACGCGUCCAUGGUCCUGGUGGAGCUGCACGAACUCAAACCCAACGACUUUUCCGUCAAGAUUUUGUACAAGAACGUGUCGGAUGAUGGGCGGAAUCCCGAGGUUCUUUCGCUGCCCGGCUGCACGCGAUUCUGUCCCCUUGACAAGUUUUUCCAGCUCGUCCAAAAUGCGACGAGCGACGACAUCAAAGUCGAGUGCAAAUUGGUGAAGCCUGAUGCCUCCACCUUUGACACCAUGCUAGUCAUUAGCCUGUUGGCUUCAUUGAGCUGCCUGUCGCUGGUCGCCUUGUUGGUGAUUGGCGCCCUGUGGCACCGCAAAGUCACUGGUCUAUCAACUCUACUUCCAAGAAAAAUGAAUUAAGAAAACCAACAGAAAACACGGUCCUAGGCGUUUGAAGGCUGGUUCCAUUCCAACACUGCGCCGAGCACGUAAGCAACAUGUGUAUAAUAAAUUGCAGGAAACUAAUAAGUUGUCUUUUACAUUCCAGCUGA